UGUUCGUCGUCCACUGCCAUCACUCUUCCGCAUAUAUCACCAAGAUGCUCCCAGCUGACGAGAUUGUUAGGAUAGCCAUCCGAGAGACGGACGGAGAGGUGACGCCUGACCAGAAGGCCGCCCUCCUCGCACAUGUACAUGACGCACUCGAGCGCCCCGAGAUCAUCCCCCCAUUUAGCAAGGAAUCUCGUCCACUCAGCGUUGUCCGCUUUCGUGCCCUCUUGCAAGACACCGGCUACCCAGCAGAGGUAUACCUUCCUCCUGGCGCCGACGCCAGCGACUGGAGCCAGUUGCGUGAGCGCUGGGUCGGAUGGGCUGUUGAAAUUCCAGGAGAACAAGAGUGGGCGAAGCAUGCUUCUAGCAUCUCCGACAUUUCGGCGGCAUUUGCAGGCCUCUCCUUGGAAGCAUCGCACGCGGUAGUGAAGGACAAGCACCCAACCGUAAAGGGGACAGACUACACCGGCGCCCUUCUGAAGGUGUACGAAGACUUCUCACCCUCUCCAGCUUCCUCGUACGAUGUAGUGGGAUUGGUGUCCGCAGCACCGAUGCCAACAUCGCUCGACGACGAUGAGGACGAGCCUUCCCUCGCACCGGCAAUUCACGCUCUUACCGUCUCUCCAAUCGAGGGCGCAUCUCGGCCCUCGGCAUCGACCGCGCGCGCCGAUCUUCUUUCUUACCUCGCAAGCGUGUUCUCACCGCCUGACGAGCACGCCGCUGAAUUGCUCCUCCUCGCACUCCUUGCGCGCCCCGCCGUCAGGCCAACGGGUCACCCCCCAUUGGGCACGUUUGCGCUCAACCUAGUGCGCCCACGCCCCUCUUCCGACACGCUCCACCCUCGCCUGGCAGCACUCUCCCCCUCCGCAGUUAACCUCCAUCUUACCCUACCCCUGCUGCACGCUGAGCGAUUCCGACCGAAGAGUGAUGGCGCGUCCCUCUCUCCUGGUCUGCUCCAGUUGGCUCCGGGCACGCUUCUCCUCGUCGACGAGGAUGGGCUGGGUGCCGGCGGUGCCCUCAACGAAGUUGCUCUGCGAAAUCUUCAGGCGCUGAAGGACGCGGUUGAGCACCAGACCGUCAACUACGAGUACCCUUACAUGGACGGGGUGCGGAUUGAGUGUGCCCUGCGCGCAGUGAUCAGCGGGGAGGGCAAGUCUCUACUUCCCUGUGACGCAGUUCUUCCUGUCUCCCUGGCCGACUCAGUUGAAGCAGUUAGCGAGGAGCAACUCACCACCUUCAGGCAAUACCUGGCCGAGCAUGGAGGCGCGGCACACGCUGCAGCACUCACCAUCCCGGAAUCGGUCGCCUCUUCCGUGCAGGACCGCUUCGUCGAGGAGCGCCGCGCAGGUCGCGGUACCGACGACGCCGAGGGCCGUCUUAAGCGUCGCAUGAAGAUUGCUCGGUAGGUUUAGCCUGAGAGGCACGUCACGUGAAUGCUAACAUCAGCCUUCUCGCCCUCUCUCACCACCAGGCGGAGCUCACGCAAGCGCUGUGGGCCAGAGCGCUUGAGCUUGACGAUGAGAUUGAGCGGCGCGAGGCUGACCGCGAGGCGAAGCGUCGCGACGGCAAACUUGGUGCGCCGGACGUCAACGGC